GCUUGAAUCCUCCCUCCUCUCUCCCUCGCGCCGCUGAGCCAGUGGGCAGACGCGGUACAGCAGAGUGCGCACGAGAGGCAGACGGCGGGUGGGAGACGCCGUGUUUUGAUGGGAUAUCGAGACACUAUUUGACGUUGAAUUGUAGCCGGAAUUGUAUGUUACGGAUUUAAACAUUUCGUACGUCCGCCAAUUCGCGGUUCGUUGUUGCUUGAUGGUGUGCGCGGUUUGCUGAGGCUACCGACGAGGAAGAGGAGCCCGUUCAGUUUCCUAACGGUGGGCGACAUGACUAAAUAUGCGUUUCCAGCCAUUCAUCAGUCUACCGUGAUGGAUACAAACCUGUAAACUCGUGAUCCAUGCGACUGCUGAUUAUUUGUGACAUGCAACGGAAAGCACAGGAUAAACGGACCCGCUGUAGAAAUGCUCCCCGCUCCAGUCGACCAUCCGGCGAUGUCUUAUUAAUGAUUUUGCUCAACGUGGAAUAAUGAAAAAGGGAACAACUUGAACUGAUUCCGUGGCGGAUGCACUCCGUAGUCUAAUCUUUUAGGACUGAAUUCCACACAGCUGGUAGUUGGGAAUAUUUCAAGGUUUGGUUCUGUUUUAAACCAUCGUAUUGCAAUGUCCUAAAGGUUUGGGCUUGUGAAAUUUGAAGUGCAAUCUCUUCAAAUGUAUGACGGGGAGAUUCGUUUAAUUGUAUGCACAUAAUCUUGCGUUUUACGUUUUCGAUGUUAGAUAUUAAAACAAACGUGAUUGCUAAACCGUAGCCUAAAGUUAACCUUUACCGAUGCAUAUUGAGCCAACAGCCAUAUAAGGAGAGUUUGGGGUUUACUCAGAAAGAGACAGGGGUGUGUUUUCAGCCCUGCAUAUCAACUUUUUACACAUGCAACAAGCACACAGGGGAGCUAAUAGCCGAGUUGAGCAGUGCCCAACAUUUGCAUCACAUUUUUACUGAUCCUAUUAACCUAAAUCCUCCCACCCCAAAACACUUUAAAUGUUUUUCCGAAAACUGCCCGGUGUGUCAGCAUCGGGCAUGGGUCUUCGUUUAUCCCAGAAGUUCGUGUUUCUCCUCUUUCUGUCGGGGCUGGUCACCCUGUGCUUUGGGGCACUGUUCUUCUUACCGGACUCUGUUCGUUUGAAACGGAUUUUUCUGUCAAAGACGGAGACUCAGCCGGUUACGGUGGGUUCGGAGAACGAUGCUCGAGAGCAUCGAAAGGGAUCAAAAGACCAGGAUCAUCUUCGGGGUUUAACGUCGCCAAAGGGCGAGACGAGCACGAAGCUCAAAACCCGUAAACCUUCGGUUUCCUACGAGUUGAAACCGGAGGACAGACUCCCGGGCAGUAAGGCCCAGGAAGAUAGAACUCUGCUGAGGAGUAAAACGGAGUCCGCCGCGGAGAGGGUGACCUCCUCGGAUCACGGAGCCAGCACGGAUACUCGCGACUAUGUCAAGUUCAAGAAAUGCCUGCUGAAAGCGGCCCCGGGCACGGAGCCGGGGACGGCAAGCGACCCGCAGACUCUUCUGCGUCGGGAGAAAGUGAAAGAGAUGAUGAAGUUUGCGUGGGACAACUACAAGCAGUACGCCUGGGGGAAGAACGAGCUCCGCCCACUGACCAGGAACGGACACAUCGGGAACAUGUUUGGUGGUCUGAGGGGAGCAUCCAUUGUGGAUUCUCUGGACUCUCUGUUCAUCAUGGGCCUGCUGGAGGAGUACGGUGAUGCCAGAGACUGGGUCCGCUCCAGCCUAGACCUCAGCUCGAACGGUGAGGCGUCCCUGUUUGAGGUCAACAUCCGCUACGUUGGAGGACUCCUGUCUGCCUACUACCUGACUGGAGAGGAGAUGUUCAAGCAGAAGGUUCUGGAGCUGGGAGAGAAGCUGCUUCCUGCCUUCAACACCCCCACAGGGAUACCCAGGGGAGUUAUCAACCUGGGCAGCAGUGGGACCAGCUGGAGCUGGGGCUGGGCGUCGGCAGGUAGCAGCAUCCUGGCUGAGUUUGGGACUCUGCAUCUGGAGUUCCUCCACCUGUCUCAGCUGUCAGGAAACCCUGUCUACACAGAGAAGGUGAUGAACAUCAGGAAGCUCCUGAACAGGAUGGAGAAGCCCCAUGGCCUCUACCCCAACUUCCUGAGUCCGGUCACUGGGAGCUGGGUGCAGCACCACGUCUCUGUGGGGGGCCUGGGGGACAGCUUCUACGAGUAUCUCAUCAAAUCAUACCUGAUGUCAGACAAGACGGACCAAGAGGCCAAAACCAUGUACUACAGUGCUCUGGAGGCCAUUGAGGCUAACCUGGUGCAGAAGUCAGUGGGGGGUCUCACCUACAUGGCAGAGUGGAGGGGGGGUAUCCUGGACCACAAGAUGGGGCACCUGGCCUGCUUCUCUGGGGGCAUGGUGGGGCUGGGGGCAGACGAUGCAGACACGCCCCAGAAGAGGCAGCACUACCUGGACCUGGCCGCUGAGAUCACACACACCUGCCAUGAGAGCUAUGCACGCUCAGCCACCAAGCUGGGUCCGGAGGCGUUCCGGUUUGACGGCGGCGCCGAGGCGACGGCCACCCGUCUGAGUGACAGAUACUACAUCCUGAGGCCAGAGGUCAUCGAGAGCUACAUGUACAUGUGGCGCCUGACCCACGACCCCAAGUACCGAGAGUGGGGCUGGGAGGCUGUGGAGGCGCUGGAGAAGCACUGCAGGGUGGAGAGCGGCUUCUCUGGGAUCCGAGACGUGUACUCCUCCUCCGCCAGCCACGACAACAUGCAGCAGAGCUUCUUCCUGUCAGAAACUCUCAAAUAUCUGUACCUCCUCUUCUCAGAUGAUGACCUGCUGCCGCUGGAGGACUGGGUGUUCAACACAGAGGCUCACCCCCUCCCUGUGAUCCGCCAGGCCUGUCUGCAGGAGGCUCCUGCAGCAGCAUAGACUCAUACACACACACUCAUAUACACACACACAGUAUGUACACACACAUACAGUAUAUACACACACACUCAUACACACACACACCAACAUACACGUACAUACCAACACACCGCAGGUCUCGUGUCACCAUGGGCCUGUGUCACCAUGGCUCUGUGUCACCAUGGUGUCACCAUGGCCCUGUGUCACCAUGGUGUCACCAUGGCCCUGUGUCACUAUGGCCCUGUGUCACUAGUGGCCUGUGUCACUAUGGCCCUGUGUCACCAUGGUGUCACCAUGGCCCUGUGUCACCAUGGUGUCACCAUGGCCCUGUGUCACUAUGGCCCUGUGUCACCAUGGCCUUGUGUCACUAUGGCCCUGUGUCACUAUGGCCCUGUGUCACCAUGGUGACACCAUGGUGGCCCUGUUAUGGACUCUUAUUUCCUUUCCAGUAAAGGAUCUUGUUGUAUACGCUGUGAUUGUAUAUGCCUGAGCCCACACAUCCUGCCCAAACUACUUUUAUUGUGGACAAUCAAACGAACAUGACUUUCAUGAACAGAUUAGAGCACCUUUAUUUCCUGUCUGUCCUCUGUGAGGAACACCAGUACCUGCAGACCCAGAUGUUUGGGAGAAGGGUUGGGCUUGUGAAAGAAAAUGAGAGAGCUUUCAUUUGUUUUUUUUCACUCCCCUUGGAGAAAUUAAGAUCUUUUUCUUGAUCUUGCAGUUGCUUUCUAUGCGGGUGCGCAUGUGUGUGUAUGUGUGUUUGUGUGUGUGUGUGUGUGUGUGUUUGUGUGUGUGUACGUGUGUGUACGCGUGUGUAUGCGUGUGUAUGUGUGUGUGUUCUCUUUGACCAAAGUUUCCUUUGUGUUGGUGUUUCUCCUUCUUAUAACAGAUGUUUCUACGAGAGGUGAGACCAACAGCAAGCAGUACUAAUGAACAUCUAAUGUAGAAAAUGUGUAUAAAUUAAAAUCAUGAAAUCCCCCAGAUAAACCGUGACCACCCUCUUCCUGGUCAAACAGAAAACCGACGGCAUAUGGAGAAAAGGUCAAAUGGUGGACACUGAAGUGAUUUUACAUCUCUAGGGACCAUUCUUAGCUUACGUUUAUUUUGUUUACGGGACUCUUUUUCUUAAAUCGUCUCUACCUUCUUUAUUUCUAAGCUACAUUUCCUGUUUGGUGACUCCCAGACCAGACUGGCCACGCUGGCUAGUCAGACUGGCCACGCUGGCUAGUCAGACUGGCCACGCUGGCUAGCUGGCCACGCUGGCUAGUCAGGCUGGCUAGUCAGGCUGGCUAGUCAGGCUGGCUAGUCAGGCUGGCUAGUCAGGCUGGCCACGCUGGCUAGUCAGGCUGGGGUUUUUCCAAGAUGGCGGCGCCCAUGGCUGAGAGCCAGCAUGGCGAAUGUAAACAGAGCCUGCUGCAGGUGGGACAGGAGAGGGAGGUGUUCCUACCUGGGUGGCCGAGAGACCCUGAACAGUCCUCUGUCCUUUUGGAUCUUUCUUUUUUUUACUUUAUUAUUUUUGGGUUAUUUUCUUUCUUUUUUUGCUUCCCUCAGGUGUUUCUGUAAAAUAUGAAAUGGUUUGAUUUCGAUGCUAGUUACUGUUGAUAUUAAUUAUUGUUAUUUCUUCUUACUGUUGAUUUGACUUAUCUUUCAUUGAUAAAUAUUUUUCAAAAAUUGAUAAAAGACCUGUGCAACUUUGUACAUUUAAACCACAA